CUGCUACCAUCAUCUUCAGUGCUUUCUGGGGCAUUUCUAUUUCUUCGGGUAAACGAUGAGCUAUAGAGGUGGAGAUCGGGGUCGUGGUCGCGGGGCACCUUCUGGAGGACGCGGGGGCUCGUUCGACCGGGGCCGCGGUGGCUAUACUGGGGCUGGUCAACGGGACCAGGGAGGUGUAUUUUCUCCUGGCACUCCGGCCAAUAUUGACCGUCGUUUGACGGACGGUUCCGAGCAGACUCUCGUCGAUUCAUUCCGUUCUCUCAGAAUAAACUCAAAUGACUUGCCACUUCGACCUGGCUUUGGAAAAGAAGGAAAGCAAGUCAAGUUACGCGCCAACUUCUUUCCUGUCAAAGUUCCAAAGUCCCUUUUGUACGAGUACGACGUCUCGAUCUCACCGGCUGCUGGAUCUGCGAACCGCCGGGUCAAACGACGCAUUUUCCAACUCGCGGAGCAAACCUCAGACUGGUCUAGAUAUGGACUACAAGGAACUGUUGCUCAUGAUCAUGCGUCCAAACUUAUUGCCUCGAAGAUGCUCCCCCAGCCGAUAGGGAUUCGAGUUCCCUAUUAUGACGAGGACGAGACCCGCCCUGGCCCUAAUGGCAAAGAAUACACUUUAACAAUAACAUUCAUACAGAAUAUUGAUACAUCCCAUUUGCUGAACUAUUUGGCUGGACAGCCACAAUAUCGCGGCUACGACAUACUUCCUAUCAUAUCUGCCCUUAAUAUAGUCUUAGCUGCACACCCCAACCGGGCCUCGCAAGGUGGCGGUGUCCUCGUUGGUAGAAAUAGGUUUUUCUUUGCAGCAGCUGCGCCCCCAGUGCCUCUUGGCGGAGGUCUUCAAGCUUGGAGGGGAUUCUAUUCCUCCGUUCGUCCUAGCCAUAAUCAAUUGAUGGUCAAUGUCAAUGUCUGUACAACUGCAUUCUACGUGCCUGGAAACCUUGCGGAAGCCAUGGUGGAAUUCAGCAAUGCUAGCUUCGGCGCUAGAUACACUGCGUUUGUCAAAGGCGUCCGAGUGAAGACAACUCAUCUUGGUUACAAGAAGACGGUCAAGAGCGUUUCAAAUCUGUUACCCAGGCAGCAUACUUUUGACUGCGAAGAAUUGGGUGGAAAGGUCAACGUCGAACAAUACUUUUCAAAGAAGUAUCGUUACAAAAUUCGAUAUCCCCAGCUUCCACUCGUCGAUGUCGGCGGCCAGAAGGCAAACCUUCUUCCACCCGAAGUUUGUGAAAUUUUGCCUAAUCAGCCUUUCAAAGGCAAGCUCAGCGAUGAAAAUACGGCGGCGAUGAUCAAGGCUGCUGCUAAACCACCAAAUAUCAAUGCAACGGUGAUCAUGAACGCAGGGCUCAAUGAACUUGGAUUCCGUCAGGGUGCAGCACCUUUGGGUGCUUUUGGUAUCAGCAUCGGGUCAGAAAUGACCGUUGUUCCAGGGAGAAUUCUCCCGACCCCAAGUAUCACUUACGGCUUCGGACGGCCCGACGUCGACGCCAAUAGAGCCAGCUGGAACUUGAGGAACGUCAAGUUCGUGAAAGGCGGAAAGCUUGCCCAUUGGCUCGUUCUCCUCAUUGCUGAUGGGAACCGGGAAGAGUUCUCCGGCCCGAACGACUCAGAACUUAAACAGACAGUCAAUGGGUUCACAAAUAUGUGCAAGAACAGCGGUAUGACCGUUGAGCCUCCAAUGGCAUGUUUAUCCGCCGCUCUCCCUCCCAAGGAUCGCAAGGAUCCCAUCAGAGCUUCAGCGAUAGACAAGAUAAGAACCACCUUGCGCUCUUAUCAGCAGAAACCCAGUUUCGUUUUGGUGAUUCUCUCAAACAGCGACAAGCAUGUUUAUGCUGGACUGAAGCAUCUUUGCGACUCUUACUUGGAUGUUCCUACAGUGUGUGUGCACGCUGGGAAGAUACGGAAGGAUAGAGGUCAAAUGCAAUAUUUUGCAAAUGUCGCUUUGAAGGUCAACAUCAAAACUGGUGGCGCCAAUCACACCUUGGACAAGGAAGGUAUGAAGUGGCUCCAUGCGGCACCGACAAUGCUGGUUGGUAUCGAUGUGACCCACCCUGGACCCGGCAGCGUUAAAGGAACACCUUCAAUUGCAGCAGUUGUGGCCAGCGUCGAUCCCUUCUUUGCGCAGUUUCCCGCUAGCAUGCAGUUGCAGGAGUCCAAGAAAGAGAUGGUCACGAAUCUUGCGGUGAUGAUGUUCGAACGUUUAAGUCUUUUUCGCUCUAGGAACAGGAGACUCCCUGAACGUGUAUUGGUGUAUCGUGACGGGGUAUCCGAGGGUCAACUCAUGACCGUCGUUGAAGAGGAGAUGCCUGCGAUUCGAGCAGCUUUUCGAAAGUUCGACACGCCCCAACAGAAAUACACUCCUAAGCUAUCCAUCGUUGUUUGUGGGAAGCGGCAUCACACGCGCUUCUAUCCUACAGAUGCGGCUGGCGCCGACAGCAACGGUAAUCCAAAGCCCGGAACUGUCGUGGAUCGUGGCGUGACUGCCGUGUACCACUUUGACUUUUUCUUGCAAGCCCAUGCCGGCCUCCACGGGACGACGAGACCAACGCACUAUUACGUUGUUCACGAUGAUAUUGGAUUCAAAGCGGACGAGCUUCAGACGCUAACGAACCACAUCAGCUAUCUGUAUUCCCGUGCUACGAAGGCUGUCAGUCUAGCGUCUCCUGCCUACUAUGCAGACAUGGCUUGUGAACGUGGGAGAUGCUACAUUCACAAAUUACUUCAGGGCAUCACCAACGUCAAUUUAAAUCAUGUCAAUGCGGACAGCCUUGUUAUAGAUGAAGCUCAGAAGUUGUGGAAUAAUGGCGUUUCGGGACAGGUCAUGAAGGACACCAUGUAUUAUCUAUAACGCAUCUCAGCUAUGUACCAUCUCCGCCUCCUACUUAUGUCGAUAUUUGCAUAAAUGUAGUUGCCUAUGUCUGUAUUUGUAUUUUUGUAUCAAGAUCUAGAUAUAUACAUUGGUUCGUGGUAGCGUA